AUGAAUAAGUUAUUUGAAACUCUCCUCUGUUGCAACUCUUCGUCCUCUUUCAAUUCUUUUUUUUAUUUGCGCGUAACUGAAUGUAACGAGUUCACCAAACAGCCCAAUACUGUGUUGAUUAAUGUGGUUCACGAUCCCGAUGACAUCACGAUGACGAGUCCGAGACGUUGUAGAGGCCGUUUUUAUCUAUCUAUCUAUCUAUCUAUCUAUCUAUCUAUCUAUCUAUCUAUCUAUCUAUCUAUGCUCGCAUCUAUUUAUUCAUCUAUCUAUCCCGAUUUACUCAUAUGUAUCUCUAAUUUAUAUCUAUUUAUCUUUCUUUCUCAAUCUAUUCAUAUCUAUCUAUUACUGCUCAUUGCUAUGCUUGUUCAUAUCUAUCUAUCUAUCUAUCUAUCUAUCUAUCUAUCUAUCUAUCUAUCUAUCUAUCCCUUCUAUUCAUAUCUAUUUAUAUAUCUCUCUUACUUUCUCAAAUUAUUCAUAUCUAUCUAUCUAUCUAUCUAUCUAUGUAUCUAUGUAUCUAUCUAUCUAUCUAUCUAUCUAUCUAUCUAUCUAUCUAUCAGUCUCUGUUCAUAG